UCUAUGACAAUAGUUGUAUGACGUCACACCGAACCAUUACCGAAGUUUGCCCGCCAUUCUCCACCGCGAGAUCUGUGCAGUACCCGCCGCAGUGUGUCUGUUCGCGGAUCGGGGGCGGCCGUUUGGAGUGUGUAUCCGUUUUCUCAACCCGACGGCUGGCAGUAAAGCUGCUUCGACAUCAGCGACAGCGCCGACGCUUUAAGCACAAUGUCCGACGCAAACCAGGACCCCAAGCCCGAAGGCGACUGCGAAUACAUCAAAUUGAAGGUGGUAGGCCAGGACGGCAACGAGAUCCACUUUAAGGUGAAGAUGACCACGCAAAUGGGGAAAUUGAAGAAAAGUUACAGUGAGAGAGUUGCGAUGUCGGUGUCCUCCCUCCGCUUCUUGUUUGAUGGCAAGCGCAUCAGUGAUGACGAGACGCCGAAGCAGUUGGAGAUGGUGAACGACGACGUAAUCGAGGUGUACCAGGAACAGACGGGUGGGCUGCGGAUAGGAGCAGCCUCUCUACCACAUUCUUGAGUCGUCAAGAUUCCUCUUGCGUGCGCGCUCACACAUACACACCAACGUUCACCAAUCAUUAUUACCAUCAAAUAAAUCCCUCUCAUUUUCAGUGAAGUCUCGAGUAUGAAGCGCGAGUGGUUAAGGUAGUGCAACGUUGAGUGCGACGCUGCCCAAGAUUUGGCCGAGGCUGCCGCUUGUGUUGGUUUAGUAUGGAUGGACCAGUAGAUGUAAAGUAAUCAUCGUUAAUUUACUUUUUUGGCGAGCACUUACCAAUAAUCUUCAUAAUUUUAUUGUAUGGCUAAUCUCAAAAUAUCCUAGCGUAGGCUCACUUUUGUGGAUUCUGCUAUGGCCGGUAGACUUUUCCCAUAUGCCUGUAUGUACAUGAAGGCAGCCCUUGAACGAGAUUUUCUUCAGCAGCGUGUGGAAACCUCCCACGUCCGCCAAGAGAUAAUUUAGGCCUACUCGAUACUGCCUGGAGGUCCACAUAAUUGCCACCCAGAAAAAUGUAAAUUGCAUUGUAGCAUGUUAUAGCAUUCGUUCAUUGUCUCGUAUGUUCAUCUUAGUCGUCAUCACGCUGUGUAGUUUGUGCAUGCACCCUCAUCUGCACAUCCUGGCAGCUGAAAUAAAGGGAUGACUGCACUGCAUUAGCCCAAAA